CGCUGGUCCAAAUUGACCUCUUGAUCACCUGCAUAGCACAUAGCCAUCACCAGGUUAUCAUAUACUGUAAAACAAAGAUGAUAAGCGAGUAGAUGGAAAGUAGUAUUGACUAUCGCCCCAAGCCCCUCCUAACAAGCUCCAAGCACCCCCAAACCUCCUCAAUAUCAAUAACUCAUCCGAGCAUACCGCAAAUCCACAGGAGUAAGAGAGCCUGGGAAUCGACUCACCCCACAACAACCACGAGAGAAGCGUAUCUCCACCCUCCAGGCUGCAUCCCACCCCAUCCAUCUCAUACUCUCCUACACCCCACAAUCCCCCCCCGAGGAGCUCUAUAUACACAUCCCAGUACACACCUCACCUCAUCAAGCCCACAAACCAAACCCCGGAACCAUACCCCCACCCCUCACAUUGUCCUUGUCCUACCUGCCCCCCAAAAAAUGAUAGGCUCCAGUCCCACCGGCUUCAGAUCGCCCGCCUGCCUGUCCCAGACCAAUCACACACACAAAAAAAAGUGGCUGUGCGGUCGAUGUUCGCGGAAAUGUGCUGGGUAAAGUUCAAGGGAAACUGGAAGUCAAAGCACACACACACACACACACAUGUGAGGUCAUAUCAUCUUGUUGGAGAGAGAUGAUAUACACUUGGUGGUGGGUUGUAGAUAUAUUUGAGGCAGUAUUUAUGUUCUUUGGAAUCUGCUUAAGGACCUAUUAGGCGAUGAAG